AGAUGGUUGCAACACUAUGUUUGGUGCAUCAAAUUCUGUAACAUCUAGACUAAAUGAAUUUUCGCCAGGGAUUUAUAUUCAAAAAUGUAUUUGCCACUUGCUCCAUUUAUGCGCCAGCCCUGCAUGCAAAGCUUUACCACGCACUUGUGAAGACCUUGCCAGGGACAUUUAUAAUUAUUUCAAAUCAAGCUGUAAAAGAGUAAGUCAAUUUAAGCAAUUUCAAGACUUUUGGAAUAUAUCACCUCACAAAAUUUUAAUACCAGCACAGACCCGAUGGCUUUUAUUGAGUAUGGUAGUAAAUAGAAUAGUUGAGCAAUGGCCUGCACUAAAAUUAUUUUUUUCAUCCCAUUGGAUUGAGGAUAAACUCAAAGCUUCAGAAAACAUUUUUCAUGCUUUACUUGAUCAUUCUGUAUUAAAUUAUUAUAAAUUCCUACAAUGGAUCCUUCCAAAAUUUGUAAACCUCAAUAAAUUGUUUCAGAGUGACAAACCAGUUAUAUGGUUGGUUUUUAGUAAAAUGUCCGUAACUUAUACUGAUGUACUUUAUUCGUAUAUGAGACGGUGUAACAAUCCUUUAUCAGUCGAUCCAAACAAUUCCUCAUACUUUCUACCAUUAAACCAAAUGUAUUUAGGAAUUGACGUUAUGAAUAUGUUACAAACACUAGAAGUUGCAAAGAACCAUGUUAUGGUGCAAGAUAUCUUAGAGCACUGCAGGAGAUUUCUAAUUAUUAGUAUUAAGGAAAUAAGAGCCUGAUUCAAUUUCAAUGACCCAGUAUUAAUGCAAUUAGAAAAUAUUACACCUUCAAAAGUCCUUAGCGAUAAACGACCAGCUUCUCUAAUUAGUUUUAUUCAGUUAUUCCCUAGAAUUAAAAAAAAUUACCAAAAUAUUGAUACCAGCUGGAGAAUGUUCAGUGUUAUAGAGUUUGGUUUCGAAUUACAUGGCAUUUCAUUUAAAUUUAAAUGUUGAAGACUUUUGGAUUAAACUUAAGAUAUUUGAAAAAGAUGGUGAAUAUCCAUUUAAAGAUGUUUCAAAUUUUUUAUUAACUGUUCUGUCUUUGCCUCAAUCGAAUGUGUCGUGUGAACGCAUGUUUUCUAAAAUUAAUUUAAUUAAAAUCAAAGAAAGAAACUGUUUAAACACCAAAACUUUAAAUGGCAUUUUGAGUGCCAAAGAAAACACCAAAAAAACUAUAAAAAAAUACUAUAACACUAAAAAAAAUAGAAAUAACAAAAACUAUGCUGGGCAUGAUAAAUUCUACUAUGUAUAAUCACAUAAACAAUGAUACUGAAAAUAGUAUUGAAUUUGUUUAUGACUGAGAAAUAUAUAUUUAAUAAACAUGUUUUACCUACUCGGCUAAAUUAAGUAA